UACAUGUGGGCCCCGCCUUGUCCAUGACGGAAGUAAACGAUAGAGCGAAAUGAUGUUUAGUUAAUUUACUUUCAAAAUCGUGACCUCCGGAGAUACAUGAGAAAGUCCAGCUUCUUUUAUUCUCUCACUUGUUUUCUUCUGCAACAAAAGACAAGCAGGAAGCGGAACUGACAUUCUGUGUAAACGAAGGUUUUUUUUUUGCUGGAUCAUCACAAGACGGUGAAGCAUGUGAUACUUGGGCAGAGUGCUGCACUGGGUUUAAAGGAUGAUUAGAGGAAAAGCGGGUGGUUUUAACGUGUUUUAACGCCGAUUAAAAGCCUGAAGGGUUAAUGCUGCUGACAUGGUGCAUGUGUACAACUGCCACCCGUUCGCGUGUCAGCGCAUCGUGCCGGCGGCGCAGGAGCCCGCGCUGGUGUGCUGCGGCGGGCGCGCGCUCUUCGUCGUCUCCGCUGGAGGAUGUAAGGUCGAGGCGUAUGACAUGCAGCAGGAGGAAUGUCCUCUCAUCUGCCGCUUUUCCACCAUGGGCAUAGUGCACAGUAUUGUGUACAGUCAGAUCGGCGAUUACCUGGUCACCAUUGAGGAGAAGAACGGUGCCACCUACCUGAGGGCCUACACCAACUGGCGCUACCAAGCUGCUGAGAAGAAGCGUGUAGGCGUUCGCUUGCUCGGGCACCUCAUGCGCGGUCCGGUCUUCCAAGGCACCCCCAAGGAACAGAUGGAGAUCGUAGAAAUACCACUGUCUGAAACACCACUCUGCGCUGCCUGCUGCUCCGUAACAGGUGAACUGCUGGUGGCCUGUGCAAAGAGCCUGGUGCUGUUUGGUCUGAAGCGGCAGUCGCUUAGCGAUCAACUGGACGCCCUUGACUUUGAGAGGCUCCUUAUCCUGUACGUUUCUGGUUGGAGCCCAUUGCAGGUGGCACUCUGUGAUGGGUACGUGGCCUUGCAGACAGAGCUGGAGGUGUUGGUGGUGAAGCUGGAGAACCUGGACAAGAGCUGUGCAUCCAAUGAAGAGCAUACGCAGCUGACGUGUGAUGAUAUGGCUGCAGCUGGUGAUACUGACAAUGAUGUUAAAAAGGAACCACAAAGCCCCCUCGAGUCUGAUGACUUCUUUGUGUUCCCGAAGCAUAUGGAGAUGCUGGGAGAUAAGGCAAAGGAUUGUGGGGUGUCUUUGUCUUUAGAGUGGACUGGGAUGGAGACAGAGGCAAGAGACAACAUGGGAGUUACCUACAUCUUGUACAGGAGGUUUGCCCCAGAUUUCUUCCAGGGCUGCAGUGUGGAGGAGACACGCUUACACUCCCUGCAGCUCCACCCCAUGUACACUGGUAAUCCGGAUGUAAGCAGUGACGCUGAAAAGAGUGCUCCUGCCUGUAUGUUCUGUUUUUUUUCUCUGCCAAAUGCUGGUUACAUGUACAGCCUGAAGAGCACAGUAGAGCUCAUAUCCACCUACCAGUACCCAGAAAAGGCCCAUCAGGCUUUGCUGUGCAACCAGUUUUUAUAUGUCAUCACACGAAAUGCUCUGCAGUGUUUCUCUGUGAGAUGCAGUGCCGUGGCUGCUCGAGUCGAGGACCCCUACAUCGACACCACCAUGAAGGCCUGUCCUCCUUUCACUAUGGAAGUUUCCGCCCUCCGUAUUCAGCUGUUCAUCGGUCUGAAGACUCUGUGUCAUGACGGGAAUCACCUUGUGCUCCUCACAGCUGUUGACGUUGAGACAGAGCGAACGACUAGAAGAUCUGUCAAAUCAAAAGAGCAGAAAUCACUGGCAGGGAUUUUCCUAGCGGUAGGUAUAGAUCCGACCGCCAGCCCAGCUCUGGAGAGCUUCCUGUCCAGGUCCUUCCUACCCAGGAAGACCUCAGUAUCGAAGCAAAAGGAGCCCAGCGAGACUGGCCAUGGCUGGAACCUGUACGUGAUAAGCACCGUGUCCACACUGCAGCUCUACAGAGAGAUGGUGGAGUACAGUAAACGAUAUGAGCAGACCAGCCCGCUGUCCCAGAACUGUGUUCAUCUGCUGAGUGAAGCUCACCUGCUGCUCAGAGCCAGUCUGCUCUGUCCGACCUCAGACAGAGCCAAGAUCCAGGAAGCCUUCCUGGAGAGCUGUGCCCAGCUGGGAGACUGCUUCAGCAGGCUGGAUAAGCGGGAUUGUCACUUGGCUCUUCCGUACUACAAGAUGUCUGGCCUGUCGGUGACAGAGGUAAUCCAGAGAAACAUGGCCAUAUACAGAGGUCCUGUUCCAGAUUAUGGGAAAGGCUUCCUCUUCUUCCUUAAGCACUCUCUCUAUGAAGAAACCAUGGAAGAGCUCAGCGAAGAAACUGCUAACACCGUGUUGGAGAUCUUCAGUAAGGCCGAGCCAGGCCAGCUCCCAUAUGUAGUGAGCAGCUCAUUCAUGAAGAACGCCGAUCCUGCCUGUGCACGUGCACACCUGGAGCAGGUGGAGCUCAGUGGCGCCCCAUCUGUCACAGUCACGCUGUGUAAGGCUGCUCAGGCACUGCGCUUAGGAGACCUGCACUACUACCAACAGCAGAUGGAUCGACAUGCUGAGAUGCUGCAGGUGUACGGCUUCAUAGAGGAGCCCAAGCUUCUUGUGCAUCGCAGAGGGAAGGCCAUGGUGCCCACUCAGCUGGCACGGCACCUGCGGGACACCCAGGACGGACUGCUGGUGGCAGCCGUUGUGGCACUUCAUGAGAACAGCAAGGUCAAACUGGAGGAGGCGGAACUCUUCUUUCAGGAGUUGUGUAAGGACAGCACAGAGCCUCAGAGCAUUCCUCAGCUGCUGGUGGAUUUCUGGGAGGCUCUGCUGGUGGCAUCAUCUCAGGAAAUGAUCAUCCAGGAGCUUUUGUUCCACCUCACCUCUGUAUACCUCGAGCGCAUCAUGUGCAAAGAGCGCUCAGGCAUUAAAGCACUCAAAACAGCUGAGGACUUGAUUAACUCCUGCUCUCACUAUGGACCACUGUUCCCGUGGUUGAGCAUCCUGACUCCUGCUCAAUUCAACAUCACACAUGACCACCAAGAAGACCUUCAGAAACUCCAGUCUCUGCUGUGUGGCCCAACACUGGACGUGUCCUCCAUUGUACCUCUGCUAGAACAGCUACCUGACACGGAUAACACCGGCCUUAGCGUGCACGUGCUCUGUGCCACCAAACUGGGUCAGCAUGAGAAAGCCAUCGAGAAGCUACUGGACCGAUGCCCUCAAGCCAUCAUCUCCUACGCCAACCACGAGUUACAUAGCAACAAAAUGGCUUUGUGGUGGCAGAAACUGUUUCCUGAGCUUUGUGAGAGGACACGGCUUUCUUCAGGAGAUAACGGUGUUCUAAUCAACGCUCUCAAAGAGACUGUGGCGGUGGUGGCCAUGGAGCUGAACCCAGUAGAGUUUUUGGACUUGUUACCAGACGAUGGUACUGCACACUUCUUCCUGCCUCAUCUUCUGAAAUGCAGCCAAAGGCAUCUCCUAGCAUGAAUUGCUGGACUGUGUACAAACUAGGAGUGGAACGGUAUAUCUUCAUAUAAGCUAACACGUGGGACUAAGAUUGUGUGGAUCUUAAAAUUUGUGUCUAAUUAUAUACCAUAAUAAUAACCAAGUAACUAUUUUAUAGUUCUUUAUCACAGUAUACUGUCAUAUAGGUAUAUGUUACACCCCUAAUAGCAAAACACUAAAGAUCAUGUUUAUUAUAGUCUUCUGUGUAGAAUAUGAUUUCAGCUCAACACAAGCUGGCUGUGUUAUGAGUUUUGCACAAACAUGCUGUUGUUAGCAAAUCAAGUUCAGUAGGUAAUUUAACUGGAUGUUAUAAGCUGGUUUUAACUGGACAUGAACAAGAGAACUGUAUUGAAUUUCUGGACUAUACUACAUUACAAGUGGUAUAAUAAAUAUGUAAUAUUUGUGCGGUUAUAUGUUAUGCCUCAUAACUGGGUCAAUUUAGUUCCCAUUUUCCCAUUUAGUUCCUGGCUAGAAUAUAUUGCUGAGGUGCCAUAACUACAAAUCUGUGUAUCUUAGGUCAGUCCAUAUUUAAUAGUUUUGAAAUUUUAAAAAAUAUAAACGUAAAUGUAAUUUUUUUUUUUUUUUUUUUUUUUUACAGAAAAACAGUAUUCUUUCUAUAUUAGCAGACAAUCUACAGUACAUACUCUGAAUAUGACAUUUUAGAAUAAUGGCUUAAAUAGUGAAUUUUAUAUUUAUAUUUAUAUUUCUGAAAGUAACUACAUAUCCUUUUCAUGGCCUCAAUUUUAAAAGAAGAUGACAUGACAGCAGAGAAAAUAAUCUGAAUCUUCUGGGUGUAGUAACUAUUUCAAGUUUUUUACAUUUAGCUCAGAUUGAUUAAUAUUAUACACUCAGGUGUUUAAUGUUAGCCUAGUCAUGUCUUUUUUAGCCUUUUGAAAAGGAUAUACAGUAGUGCAAAAGUCUUAGGCACCCUAUUUUUUUUUAGUACAAACUUUGUUAUAGAUUUUUAUUUUAUGACUUCUACAUGAUUGAUUCAGUACAAAAACAUUUUAGAUUCCAAACAUUAGUUUUCCAGCACAAAAUUAAAUGUUACAGAAAAAUGUUUCUAUGUCAGUAAAGAAAGCAGCAGAUUACAUAAGAGACACUUUUCAGACAGAAAACAUAAUGAAGGCUGCUGGGUUUCGCUGCAAAAAUAAGAAGCAAGUGUGAUGGUCAAAGUCUCCAGAAGAACUGUAGCUGCUUCUGCAAGAUGCUCAGUAACACUUACAGCUCAUUUCCUUAUAAAACUGCACUAACUGUACCUGAGACUACUAUUUUCUUUUUUAAGCAAAGGGUCGUCACACUAAAUACUGACUUUGUUUCAUUUAUUGCUGUUUACUGCUCUUUAUAGUAUUUUUUUUAUUAUUUAACAUUUAAUUUCAUUAUUUUUGAAGGCAUCUUUGCUCUACAUCAUUUCUUUGCAUGUGCCUAAGACUUUUGCACAGUAGUGUUUGUACUUAUAUUUACAUUCAGACAUACAAGGAAACUGAUGAUCACGUAUAAGGUGGGAAACAUAACGUCUCGCUUCUGCCAUGGGUCACCUGAAUCUGGUCAUACCUGAAUAACCUGGGUCAUAACAGAUUAACUGCCGAAAUAUAGCUCUAAAAUUCAGUAUUUGGGCCAAUAUUCUAAAAUGUCAUAAUCAUCUAAAUUUAGCACUAAAAUAGAAAAAAAAAUUUUUUUUGUAAAUUUGUAUGCAGUGCAACACAUUUGAGUUUUAACACACCUGCCUCAACUCCUGAGUGAUUUGACAAUCAAUUCAACAUUAAAAUCAUGUGAGCUCAAGAGGAGCAAGAUUGUAACUGAUAUCACUUGCACAGAGAACCAGUGCUUUAGAGUUUUUUUUGUUUUGUUUUGUUUUUAUACUUUCUUAAUCUAUGCAGGUUUAAGUACUAAUUACUGGAUUCCUCAGCUAUAGCACUGGAGUCUUUUAGUUGUAUAGGCUAAAGCAAGAAGUGAUGAGCAAUAUAAGCCUUGGUUGGUUGCCUUGGUGGUUCCUACAUGCUAUUACCAGUCAUCUUAUGACACAUGGAUGUAAGUAUUUGCACCUUUAGCACUUAUCUGUAUUUUAUCUGUUGUGUGAUGAUAUUUAAAAUGCAUUUGUUAUGAUAUUUGUCUCUUUUUUUAUGCUGUUACUUAUUAAAUUAUGCAAAAUGUC